AUGGAGGAGGCCGCGAGACGCGUCCGCUGCUGCAUCAUGUUCUUCCUGCUCGCCCUCGCGGGCGCCCACGCCGCAGCAAAGGGGCAAUUUCCCGAGUGGCGCUUUCAGGGACGUGAUGUGGUGGUGAAGAUCCCAAGAGAUUCGGGGGUGUUGGCAAGCAACGGCUCAAAGACGCAGAAGUACACGUAUGACCUCGAUGAUGCCGUCAUCCACUUUCGCUGUGGGGACAUUAUGGAAAUGGAUGCGUCACGGGGCCCGCUCAAUUCUGGGUUUGUGCCAUUGAGUGUGCUUCUUCGCUACCUGCGCCCACUUGCCCCGCGUUCGGUGGGCAUUGUCACAACACCGCUCGUUGAGAAGUGCAGCAGCAAACUCGAGACCCGAGCCAUGGACUGCAAGCACGGCAAGCAGUGCCACGACAUCCUUGAAGUGCUCCUCCCCGCACUCCAAAGCGGGCUGACCGGCCCGAGGAAGAUGCACGGCCCAAGGGCAUGGGAGCCGUGCCUUGCGAUGCGGGACCGCUCCGGCGGUGGAUCAAUGGUCGUCAGCGGAGCUUGGCGAGAGGCUGACCUAGCAAACGGGAGUCAUCCGCCCGCCACCGCGCUCGACGCCGCUCGCACGCGCUCCCUCUUCCGCCUGAUCCACCUGCCAAAGACGGGCGGCACGAGCGUGGAGACCCUGCUCUCGCUCGGCCACCAGCCGCACCGCCGGCUAUCCAAGCUCGCCUGGUGGUGUGGAGCGCUGGACGCCUCGCCAUCGAUACGCGCCGCCGGCUGCAGCAGCGGCGUCGGCCGCUCCUCAUCGCCGUUCCUGCUCCCGCACGGCGUCGGCAUGCGCCAGCUGGCGCGGCGGCUCCGGCUCGCGGAGGCGUUUCUGGCGGACAACGCCGACGUCGUCGGGACGACGGACCAGCUCGACGAUGUCAUUGUUACCCUCUGCCACCUUGCCGGCGCUUCGGCCGCCGGAGUCGCGGCGGCUGCGGCCGCCGCCAGCGCAUCCCCGGCCGCCGCCGCCAACGGCACCGCCUGGGCGCGUCGGCUGGCGAGGGGCAACGUGCUGCCUCGGUGCGCGCACGCCUCGCCGCGCUCCCAGUAG